AUGGUUAGCGAGGUCUUCUCAGAAAUCGACCCAACAAAGUACAAGAAUACCUUGCCCGGUUACAGUGCUCAGGGUGCCUGCAAGUUUGGAUCCUACGAGUUCUUCAAGAACUACUAUUCUUACAUGGUUGGACCAGAGAAUGCAGCCAACUACAAAACUUUCAUAUACUUUGCUGCUUCAGCGUCUGCAGAAGUCAUUGCCGAUGUUGCUCUUUGCCCCAUGGAGGCCGUCAAAGUUCGCUUCCAAACUCUGAGGUCAAUUCUGAGGACUCUACAAAGGCCUGGUUCCUCUUUGGGAGCGUCUGACAGAUUCCAUGUAAAUACCAUGGUGAAAUUUGCCUCUUUCCAAACAAUUGUUGAGAGGCUGUACACUUAUGCCAUCCCAAGGCCUAAAGAGCAGUGUAGCAAAUCCCUGCAGCUUGGAGUGAGAUUGCUUCUGAUUCUUCUUACGACCAUACAAUUGGAGUUUUUGACGCCGAAGAAUCACUCUCUUUAG